AUGCUAGCGACUGCACUGCUGCUUUCUGUGGCAGCAAAGUGCGGGGUCACAUGGGGGCAAGUACUGGUGCCGCCGUAUACCAACUUGGCUCUUGGCCGGAAGAUCGAAGCCUCAUCAACAUGCGGUGAACUUAAUGGACAACCGAUCAAGGAAAUCUUUUGUCAGAUAGCAGGGUCCAGUCAAUACACGCCUCUAAAUCAGUAUUCAUACAGUACCGGUGAAGAUGGCUUCACUGUUUUCGCAGAACUCAAAAUGGAGAAGCAGUCUUUCGUUCAGGUAAAGCUAACGUGA